CAUGUUUUACACCCCAUUUAGGCAAAGCCGAUGGAGCCAUGGCAGAGCUUCCCCCUGGGUUUCGGCACCUGCCGACGGUCCCCCGCACUGGCAGAGCGACAGAGAUCUUGCCGAGAAUCUUAUUGACCACCUGUCCAGACACUUUGCGGAACAAAAGGCGUAAGCAGCAGCUCGCAUCCCAGCCCCUUUGCCCGAAAGGCUUGCCCUUCAAACGCUCGAGCAAGGUGUCCAAAGAAAAGGCACCCAGCUUCGGGCAGUUCCUCAUUCAAGAGGACCAUCUCGCCAAGUUGGAAUUUCCAAAGACGGUCUUGGCUCCAGGUGGUGAUUCAGGACAGCAUGAUGUCGGCUUAGCCUUGAAGUCCGUGGAAGAGAGCAGCCUGAUGGACUCUGAGAAGGACGUCCUUGCCUCUCUCACCAGCCUUUGGGACGAGUCCUUGAUGGAUCGGGUGGAUCGCUUGGACCUGGAGCAACCCAUGGUGGCUCGCUCCACUGAGCUGGUGGAGUCGCAGGAGCUUUUACCUAGUUCUCGGAGUUGGGCAGAGCAGCAGGCGUACUGCAGAUCAUUGAUGAGUUCUCGCAAUGGGAGCAGGAUGAACACUCCAAACGCUGGGGAAUACCACAGUCGAGCCUCGGAGGACGUCUCCGAGCCGAAACCGCAUCCCGAAGCUCGGCUCGAAGACUUACAACGGAGCUUCUCCAUCUCCACGGAGGAGGUGGCUGCAAGAUUGAAGGAUUUGAGGAGGAGACCGGUGGGAGACUUCCACAUCGAGGUGCCAGAUGCAGGGGUUGAGCAUGAGCUGGAAUCAUUGCCUUCGCAGUCUUCGGUGACCAACUUGUCCUUUACGAUGAUGGACGAAAAGCCGAAGGUGCCUGUCCGGAGAAGGAGAAGCCUCGGAAGUGAUUUCGAGACGCCGAAGGGGCAGAUGCAGAUCCCCAGCUCCUUGGAGGAGCUACGAGAGCUAUUUCAAGGUGCUGGCCUUUUGAUGAUCCCCUUGAAGACAUCUGAGCAAGCGUUGCCAACAGAUGAAGAGGAACUUCUCGUCGGCACGGAGCAUUCCUCAAAAGAGGAGCUGCAGAGAGCAGUAAAACGACUCAACACCUACCGCUGGUUUUGCCGUGUGCCGCCAGUGGACAUCGAGGAGGACGAGGUUGAGCUAUGUGAGUGCUUGAGCGAGGCCUUGUUGCUGCGGCAGCCGGUCUUCCUGAACGAGUCCCACCUCACAGCACGCCGGAUCUCUGACCUGGGCGAACAGCUGGGAGGCUUCAUGGCUAAGGGGGACUGCACCAUGAUGCUGCACAAGGAGAGCUCUUUGAUCUCGGCAGUGGAUGUUGGCAUCCUCUGCAGCCACACAGCAGGAUGGAGCUAUGCCAGCUCACCUCCUCCAGGGGUGGACGAGAGUUCAGCGGCCCCAGGUUUACAGGAUGAGAUGCUCCGAAGAGCUGGGCGCCACCGAAGCGACUGGCAUGCAGAGCACCCAGAAGAACGUGGGAAGGGCUUUGCCACGUGGUUUCCCAUGUUUUCCAAGACCACGGAGCCGGUCAGCUUGCAAAACCUCCCGGAUUCUCUCACAGGCUUUCGCAGCAUGUGGGAGAUCUCCGAGAAGUGGAUGAACGACAAGGCCCAGGAGCCCAAAGAGGCGCCGAAGACCCCCUCACCGUCGCCAUCUGGACCGUCUGGAUCGGGGGCUUGUAGUCCUCGCAGGCCCCUCAAACAUGAUGCACACCCAUUGGUGAGGCCGUGGACGAAUCAGUCCACGCGUUCCCGACCAGGUACCGUUGGCACGGUCGGCACAAUGGCGAGUUCCACGUCCAGACAGUCGCCCCAGGAGUCGAAGCCGAACGGACAGAGAGUGCGGCAGGUGCUUUGGGGGUCUACAGAGGGAGCCAAGAGACGUGAGUGGAGUCGGGCCAGCAAUCUGUCAUGGGGAGACAGGAGCAAGACAGUCAUGCUCCGGCGGCAACUCUUGAAUCCCAGGUUGCAAGGCAUUGCAGGAUCCCGGAUUGGCGACACCUGCAUCCUGCGGGGAGCACCAAGUGUGGGGCACGACACCAAGGAGGACGAGCCCAAUUUUGUGGUCUUCCCGCCUGAGGGUGUUUGCCCUUUGGAGCUGCUUUCGGGUUGCCACCUGCCGACCUGGACCAUCAUGCCCAACAGUCGCUGCUUUCAACCUAGCCAUGCCUUGCAGGUGCGGAUGUGGCGUGUGCGCUUGCUGCGGGCACGGCUUCCGCCGCCGGGGGGUUCUCGAAGGGCCUCUAAGUACAACAGCUUGUGGUUGCCAGAGGAUGCGCCAUAUGAUGCGAUUCGUUUGGAGGAGCUGCCGCUGAGUUUCCUGACCUGCGAUUGCUCCGCCGAGGGAAACUCCUUUUGCAUCCUCUUCCGUCCUCAGCUCCUACGGCUCUGCGAGGGAGAUCAACUGGAGGUGGAGCUUCGCGGCCUGCGGGGCAGCAACCAGAGGCAUCACUUCUUCCAUGAGUUCCGCACCUGUGCAGAACUGGAAUGGCAGGACCAUGAGUUCUUUGAGAAAGUGCAGACAUUUUGCGAGUUGUUUGGGAACAUCCAGCCCUUCCAGGCAGCACUGCCUCCGUUGCACCGAAGUUUCUCGGUGCCCAGCUCCACGGUCCCUGAUCUUCGGCCGCUCUCGCACCUCACGAAGGAGUUCAAGACGGACGACAUCGAGCUCUCCAUGUUCUUCUACUGCGCAGGGGUGGCCACCUUUGACGCUUGCCUUCGGCUCCAGAGAUCCGAUGGGAAGAUAAAGGUGGAACGAGCCACUAUGGUCUUCAACCUCCACGACCGCUUCCUGGUUCGAGUGCUGCUGCCUUGCUCCGUCUCCAAAUACGAGCUUGCAUUCCGCAUCGCUACAACGCAACGCCCAGAGAAGCUGGUGGAACAUCCACUGAAGUAUAGCAUUCGAUCUCAAGAGUCGAGGUCAUUCCCCUUGACCGCUGUGGAGGAUCCGCCAUCCCAGAAGUACCAGAGGUUCGGCUUUUGCCCAGUGCCUGCGAAAGCACAGCUCUUGGGCAUCUCGAUCUGCUCUCCUAUGGAGUAUGGACUGCAACCUGGAACCUUGUACUUCUUGGUGCAUGUGCAUCGAGAGAACCUCCUUGAAGAGGCAGUUCCAGAGCCGGUCGGCGCGCCACGCGCCACACGGCUCUUCGAGGCAUUGCGGAAGGAACACCAGGAGGCCGAGUUCCAUGCUCUGGAGACUCAGAUGAUUCUAAAGAAAGAUCCGCUUUUCAUCGAAGAGAUGGACCCGUCAGAGAGAGAAGAUGAUCUGGCACGGAGGAGAAGCUUUCAAAACACCCAACGGAUGAUGCUGCACCGGCCCUCCUCAGAAGCAAUGGAUCCGAGUGUGAACAUUAUGAGGAGGUUGCAUCAUGGUUUGGAGUGCAACCUCGCAGAUCGAAUCCAGGACCUGCCCAUGAAGAUGCACUUGGAGUUGGUGGUGCGAGAAGGUCGAUCCAAUCAGCAACGCUUCGUGCAGCGGCUCCAGCGGAAACUCGGCCACCCUGAGUUCUUCGAAGGUUUGCUGCAUUUGGGCGAUCAUGAUGCAGGGUCCAAGGUGGAGCUCUACUAUCGCAUCACUGAGGAUGUGAGCAAGGCUCCUUUGAAGAUUGGCGAGUGGAACGUGGGGCGGUUGGAUGCCUUGGAUGAUGGCUAGUGUGUGACUGGACGACCUUUGAUAGUGAGCGCUGUCAGCCAGCGUGGUCUUGGCCUGCUGCAACAGAAGCAUGGAG